CAAGUGUAUCGAGGAAGUUGUAAACUGCCGGGCUUCUGUCUACAUUCUACUCUCAAAAGUGGUCCGGUUUCCUGCAUCGUGAGACUGCUGCAAGUUUGUCAUUCGCGUUUGCGUUUUGGAGUUUGCGGGAGUGGUGACAGUGUCUGAUUUUGAUUUCGGUGUAGGUUUUUUGAGAACAUGCAAGUAUUCGACCUGCAGCAGGAUGACUAUGAUGAAAUUGCUAUCAACGGCGUCAACCCGACCAUCGAUGUGGCCUUCAGAAAAAUCAAUAGAAAUUCAACAGCAUUUAUGAUUUGGAAAGUAGAGAAUAUGAAUAUUGUGGCUGUCCCAAGAGAUCAAUAUGGAACAUUUUACGACAGUGACUCAUACGUAGUAUAUGCAGCUUCGCAAAAUGGACAAGUAUGUGGCACUGAUACCGUAGUGCGGGAAGUAAAAGGUGUUAUUAUGGAAUAUCAUAUACAUUUCUGGUUGGGUUCCCAAACCAACCCAGAUAGGUCAGGCGUGGCAGCCUACAAAACAGUGGAAUUAGAUAAUUUUUUGAAUAGUUGUGCCAGCCAACAUCGGGAAAGUGAGGGCAAUGAAAGUUCCAGAUUCCUCAGCUACUUCAAAAAUGGUAUAAAGAUAAUAAAACAUGAAUUGAUUGAAAAUGGACAGUGUGUUAGAGUGUACAGAGUUAGAGGAAAAAGAGUUCCUGUUCUUAAAGAAAUGUCAAAGGUUUCUUGGGAUUAUUUCACUAGCUCUGACAUAUUUUUGAUACUCACUUUGAAAAAUAUUUUCAUUUGGACAGGACGAGCUAGCGAUGCAGGAGAGAAGUUACAUGCUGUAAAAAUAGCUGUUGACAUGAAAGAAGAGCACAAAAUUAAUAAUAUAAUUUUUGUUGAUGAUGGCUACGAAAAAACUUUACAAGAUGAUAUCAAGAAAGAAUUGAGCAAAUAUCUGCCUCUAGAGAAAAGAUUAAUUCUACCAGAAAUCCGGGAGGGUGAUGUAAAUGGAAAUUAUCAAAGAUCUUUAAUGAAAUUGUACAAGUGCUCUGAAAAUAAUGGAAAGUACAGGGUGGUCGAGAUCAAGAGUGGACCAUUCCAACAAAAUGAUUUGAAUCAACAGGAUGUCUUCAUUGUGGAUCACGAAACUAACGGCAUCUGGGUGUGGGUUGGUAGAAAGGCCAGCGAUAAGGAGAGAAAUGAAGCCCUUAGAAAUGCUCGAGGUUUUGUCAAGAAGAAAAAAUAUCCUAGUAACACCAGGGUGACAAGAGUAAUCGACGGUCACGAGCCAGUUGAGUUCAAGAUGUUGUUUGCUUCAUGGAGAGACGACACCAAAGGUAUAAAACCUACUAUUUUAGUUUCCAAAUAUAACGCUUCUACAUUGGAAGAUCGACCCAGUUUGGCGGCAGAAACGCAGUUGAUGGAUGACGGUACUGGAAGUUUGACCAUCUGGAGGAUAAAACAAACUAAUAUCGUCGAAAUAUCGAAAGAGCGUCACGGGUACUUUUUCUCUGGAGAUUGUUACAUUAUUUUAUACACUUAUCAAGCUUUAGCAGAACAAAAGCAUUUACUUUACAGUUGGUUGGGUUCUCAUGCAACUCAGGAGGAAAUAAAUAUUACCACUCUUAAGUUAAAUGAAAUCGAUGAUGAGUUAGGCCAACUAGGAUUUCAAGCUCGUAUAAUUGAAGGGAGAGAAACAGCUCACUUUUUACAGUUAUUUAAAGGAAAGUUGACUAUUUUCAAAGGAAAAGGAACAGAUUACGAUGAUUCUGGUAAAAAUUUGAAAAUGCCAUCCCAGUACCUUCUACAUGUUUUUGGUUCUACAACUUAUAGCAGUAAAGCUAUUCAGGUUAGCGUUAAAGCUUCGUCUUUGAACUCAAACUAUUGCUUUGUACUGAAAAGAUCCAAGAGAGCUUAUAUCUGGUCUGGAUCCUACUCGACUGGAGACCAGAGAGAGAUGGCAAAAGGAUUUGCGGGAAAGGAUUUUGAACUUAUUUUAGAAGGAAAAGAAAAGGAAGACUUUUUCAAUUUAUUAGGUGGUAAAUUGUUGUACUUUACCCAAAUGAUGAAAAAUGACCAGGACCUGAGACCACCUCGUUUGUUCCAUUGUUGCUCAUCAAAUGGGAAUUUCAAUGCUGAAGAGAUUAUGUUCUUUGGUCAAAAAGACCUAGUUCCAGAGCAUGUAAUGCUCUUGGAUACCAACGAUUCACUUUAUGUGUGGAUUGGAAAGUUGUGUUCAAGAGAAGAAAAGCGUUUGAGUGCUCAGAUUGCCAUUGAAUAUUUGCAAACAGAUCCAACAGACAGAGACAUGAAUAUAGCAAUUAUUCACAUAAAACAAGAAAAAGAACCUCCCACUUUCACAGGGUUUUUCCCAACAUGGGACAAACAAUUUUGGAAGCACUACAAGACCUUCUCAAAGGUUAGACAGGAAGUAGAAAUGAGAAAUUCCUGCUCCAAUGGAAAAGAAACAAAUGGAAUAUCAAAUCAUGACAAAUCCUACCACAGUGAUUUUGAUCAGUACGAUAAAUACCCAGUGGAUAUUCUAAAAGGACCAAAUGACAAGUUACCCACCAGAAUCAAUCCUCUUAACAAAGAGCUGUACUUAACCCAUGAUGACUUUGUGUCGAUAUUCAGCAUGUCAUACAAAGAGUUUGAAAAACUCCCUAGAUGGAAGCAACAAGAAAUGAAGAAGAAAGUAGGUUUAUUUUGAAACUCUUUUCAGCCUGAGAAGCUCUACUGUACAGAGAUUUUAUUUCAACAUAUUUAAUAUUUAUAUAACAUAUUAAGAUAGAUGAAUCAUCGGUGAUGUUUGAAAUGUCAUAAUAUUUAGUACUUUUAUUUGAAUCAAUCGUACCAAAUACUUGUUUUUUAAAUAAAUUAUUUUCAAUA